GCCUGCGGUCGAGACCCAUGGGACUCUGGACACGGGGAAACUUUCGUCGGGAUCCUCGUAACGUUUGGGAGUCACGCACCACAUUAGAGGAAUUCUGUUUGGCGAAGGCGAUUUGGGAAUUUCGGAAACACGCAGCUUGUCAGAGCAAUGCGUUUCCUGUUGGAACGAAUUUCCUCGCCUGUUUCUUCACACGUAUAACGAGUCCGAGUCUCUCUGUCUGGAGUAUAAGGAUGUCGAAGCGAAGAAUCGCCUGGCGCAUAAACGAAGGGAUUCAAGGCUCGGCUGUAAAAGAAAACAAGGAAAUGGAAAGCGGGAAAUUCAUCUGGAAGAACUGCUCAAACCCAAAGGUUUUGAAUACUCGUAAGUGUCAUCAACAAUCUUUGACUAGCUGUACCGAAGCCUUGGAACUAAAAAUAAAAGUUUUAUUCUCUUUGUAA